AUGACGGACGACGUACGCAACGACAUCGCUCAAAUGAAGACGCAGAUACGAAAGCUGAUGGACGCUUUGAAUAUACGCGCUAACUCGGACACAAUGGUAACGGUGGAGACCACGAACGACUGCAAUGUGACCAACGACAAAACCGGACCACCUGGCAACGACGUGAACGUUGAGCAGCCCAACGUUUCGGGACAACUGCUCGCGGCAACGCCGGGUGAGCCAACGCACGCCAGCGCGUUCACCCCAUCAAUGACCGAUAUUUUAACGGUUCUUGUGGAUACUCAGCGCCGAAUUGCCGAUGCCGUUACUCAAGCCUCACGGCCUUUGGAAGUCCACUCCACCAAUGACACUGCCAACGCUAUCCCGACCUUUGAUGGUGAUCCACACAACAGCGUAACGGACUGGCUGCAAAACGUCGAACUUGUUGCCUCUCACGCGCACUGGACCCCAUCGUUGACGAUGCUCAGCGUCUUUUCACGUCUUCGGGGCGCCGCCCAAAACUGGCAGAGGGUGUAUGGAACACGUUUUCAUGAUUGGAACACUUGGAAGAUAGCACUUUCGGAACGCUUCAAACGAAAGCUCACGCUGCAAGAAUUCAUAGAAUACCAGUCUCAGCGGAAACUACAACAAAACGAAACAAUGGUAGAAUACAUCUACGCCAAGAAUGCCAUGCUUGAAAAGGCCCCGUAUACCCUCGCAGCAGAAGAACGGAUCUCCCUGAUCAUAAACGGCAUCAAAGAUGAUAGAUGGGCUGUUCCGUUAGCUGCACAGCGUUGCACUUCAGUACUUGAGCUUAUCGACAGAGCAGCGACUCUUGACAGCCGACGACAGACUCAUCGAGACAAUGUACAUCUAUCGCGAACAUCAACACCAAACUUAACUAAUCCAGACAUUUCUCAGCCGAGACCUAACAGUGACGGACAAACUCGUUCACAACAAGAACCAAAAUGCUUCAAUUGUUCGGAGCUCGGACAUAUAUCUCGGCACUGCCCAAAGCCAAAGUCAGCCGCAACGUUACGAGCCGAAGUAAAAAGAAGGCAACCCAGUAACGAGCAUCAGCCUCGACGAGAUACCACGCACAACACUUCACGAGUCAAUUGCUUCAUCAAUACAACUUCAAACAAUCUGCCUCUCAUCAAGGCCAUGAUCAGCGGAAACACACUGGUGAACGCAUGCAUAGACACAGGAGCAAAUGUGUCCGUCGUUAAAUCUAGUGUUAUUCCCCCAAAUGUGGCGACAUCCCCAUGGUCAAGUCAAGAACGUGUAACCGUGAUCGACAAAGAACUAAUCCCAGACAAAGUGACUGAACUGGACAUCAUUGUGGGUACGACGAAAACACGUCUCCCCAAUAUUAUCGUCUCACCUCUCCCUGACAACGUUGACCUGCUUUUGGGAUCAGACUGGCGUCAACUUGCUAAUGUUGACGUAACAUUCCAUAACUCAAACGACGUAACUAUUGUGCAUUUGCUGGAAGACGGUGCUGCAACAUCAAUUUGUGACUCCCCAUCCAGUAAAGGUGAACUUCGUCAGUCUAAAACCGCCCAGGCUUUGGUAGCCUCCUUCUGCAGUCGUGAAUUGCCAAUGCACUCGUCAUCCGACACUAACAUUGUCAGCAUACGACACAAACGCAACGCUCCUGAUCCUGCUGUUCAGUCUGAAAUCAACAAAGCAGUUGAUCAUAUGACACCCGACGCGACGGAAGAAGAACAAAACAGACUAAGAGAACUAUUGACGACCCACCACGAAGCAUUUGCAACGACCGAAGACAGCGUUGGUGCAUGCCCUCACACAGAGCAUUCCAUAGAACUCAGGGACAACAUCCCUGUUGCAUCCCGACCGUACAGAUGCAGCCCGGCUGAUCGAGAUUUCAUCAGAUCACAGGUACAGGAGUAUUUAAACAAGGACAUUAUACGCGCAAGUGAAAGCGAAUACGCCGCUCCAACCAUCGUUGUUGAUCAACCUCAGCACCCAACAAACCCAAGACGUAUGGUCCACGAUUACAGACGCUUAAAUGCAAAGACGAUUAGCACUCCGUACCCUAUGCCUGUGAUGGAGGAUGUAAUUGAUGAUGUGAUGCGAAAUGGAGCAGUAUACUUCACUGUCAUGGAUGUCAAAUCUGCUUUCCUCACCAUCAGGAUCAAGGACGACGACAUACACAAGACUGCCCCAGACAACCAUCAACGUCCCCAGGACAUCCCAGUUUGGUCAUAA